AGGCUUCGCGCGUUUUAAUGCGAUGGUGUCCCCGCGGGAUCAAAUUUCAGCGUCACAGCUGGGGACUGGCUUCGCGGUCCUUGAGGGAAGAGCAUGAGCAGGUGAAGCCCUUGGAGACCAACUCUUCCAAAGUCAAAGUUAAGUCCACCAUGAUGAUUCCUGACUCCCAGAAGCUCCUGCGCUGCGAACUGGAGUCACUCAAGGCCCAGCUACAGGCCCAGACCAAGGCUUUUGAGUUCCUGAACCACUCAGUGACCAUGCUAGAGAAGGAGAGCUGCCUGCAGCAAAUCAAGAUCCAACAGCUUGAAGAGGUGCUGAGUCCUAUAAGCCGCCAGACAGAGAAGGAGGGACCCAAGUGGGGUGUGGAGCAGGGACGCCAGGAGCUGUAUGGGGCCCUGGCUCAAGGCCUGCAGGGGCUACAGAAGACCCUGCGUGACAGCGAGGAGGUGCAGAGGACCCGCACCACUCGCUGCCUGCAGCUGCUGGCCCAGGAGAUCCGGGACAGCAAGAAGUUCCUGUGGGAGGAGCUGGAGCUGGUGCGGGAGGAGGUGACCUUCAUCUAUCAGAAGCUCCAGGCUCAGGAGGACGAGAUCACAGAGAACCUGGUGAACAUCCAGAAGAUGCAGAAGACACAGGUGAAGUGCCGCAAGGUCCUGACCAAGAUGAAGCAGCAGGGGUAUGAGACAUCCAACUGGCCGGAGACCGAGGAGGUGCCAUCAGGAGGCAGUGGCUCCUGGAGGGAUGACCUCCAAAAGGAGCUGAGUGACAUAUGGUCCGCUGUGCACAUGCUGCAGAACUCCUUUGAUGGCCUCAUGUCCUCUGGGGGCUGCCCCAGGGCCUCGAACCUCAAGGGCUAUAGGGGGAGCCCUCUGCUCCCCUCCUGGGACUCAGACUCAGACUCAGACCAGGACCGUUCCCAGCUACUCUUCAUCAAAAGCCACUCCUUCCCAUCUGGUACGGAACCUUCCCUGCCCUACCCCACCCUUUCUCUCCUGGCUAUGCCCUCCAGUGCCACAGAAGAACACUUGAAGCUCCCAACCUGGGCAUCUGCUCCCUGAUUUCCAACCCUCGGGUCCUCGGGACUACGCUGGGCCCUCUCUCUCCACAGCCUGAGCAGCCGGGACUGCUCUCCCUGAAGACCCCUCCAGAGAGAAAAUAAACUAGCCAAGACCCUCUUCCACCUGUGGACUGUGGCUCCUGCUGCUUCCUGUGCCUGAGAAUGACCACCCUCACACCCAGUUUCCUUUCCAGUGUUGGGGAGGGUGUGGGGACUCCAGAUGCUGUUCAGAAUGUGUAGGAUUAGGGGACAGUGUGAGGCCAGAUUUAAUAAUAACAAGGUCAGGGGGCAGUCUGUUCCAGAUAUGAGGAUCCAGAGGGCCCUGGCACUCUAGUCUACUGCCCCAGAGGGGAAACUGAGGCACAGGGAGGGAGGGUCGAGGUCCAGGGUCACGCUCGCACCCUGCCCUCCUCCUCCCCUCUGCGCCCCCACCGCCUAGUUCUCCUUCAGCCCGCAUCCUUCAUUCCCUCCCAAAUUUGUCCCAACACUCUUCGGCCCCACCGAGAGCAACAGAGGCCCCGCCCCGGACCAUGCUAAUAAGACGCCGCGAG